UCGACUAAAUUUCCUCUCUAGCAUCCUCCCUUUAGACCAGUCCUCUUAAAUAGCUCAAAAAAAUUCCUCUUACUUCAAUUGAUUGUUUAUAUUGGCAAGUUCACUUGCAACUACUCUGUGUCCUGGGAACGAGGGAGAGAGCGAGAAUGCAUCCUAAAAUGUAUGAGGCUGCAAAGUCAGGACACUUUCUUUCCCUAACGACAAUAAUUUUGGAAAAUGGAGAGGAACUUUUCCACCAGACAACGCUAAAGGGGAACAACAUUCUUCACGUUGCAGCUCAAUACCGGCAGAUAAAUUUCAUCCGAGAUCUUCUUCAACAUCCAUCGAGAUUGUCCCUUCUUCAGCAAGGUAACUGCAAAGGAGACACCCCCUUACAUGUUGCUACUAAAGUAGGAAGCCGUGAAGUUGUUCAAGUUUUCACUGAUCAGGCAAAAGCACUGCUUCAACCUAAUGAAUACAAAGAGCUACUUAGGAGACCGAAUUCAUAUAAGGAUACCUCGCUGCACUAUGCAGUGAGAGGAGGUUGCAAGGGGGUGGUGGAGUUGCUGAUUAAAGAAGAUCCUCAACUAUGUGAUAUUACUAAUGCUGCUGAUGAGUCCCCGCUUUAUCUCGCAGCACAUCGAAAAUGUUCAGAUGUCAUUGAGCCAAUUUUAUGCGCUUCCUCGUCGCCAUCCUCUCACAAGGGCCCUAAUGGACUGACAGCUCUGCAUGCUGCAGUGCACUUCGAACUACCAGGUUGGAGGGAAAUCCUGGACAAGAGACCAGAAAUGAUCAGAGAACAAGAUGAUAUAGGAUGGACUCCUCUCCAUUUUGUCGCUUGCUUUGGCAAAGGCGAAACAAUUCGACUACUCCUACAAUAUGAUAAUUCUGUAGCAUAUGUUGUAGACAAAGAGGGGCAAUCAGCUCUUCACAUUGCAGCAUUUCGAGGCCAUGUCAAUGUGAUUGACGAGCUUCUUAGAUCCUGUCCUGAUCCUUGUGACAUACUGAACACCAAAUGGCAAACAGCUCUUCAUGCAGCUGUUAUCGGAGGACAAGCAAAUGUUGUCAAGUACAUAUUGAACAUGCCAAUCCUAGAGGAUUUAAUCAAUGAACAAGACAUUGACGGAAACACUGCUCUCCAUUUGGCUACACUUCAUAAACAGUACAACAUCAUAUACUUACUUGCACGAGACAAGAGGGUGGACCAUUUGGCCACAAACAAGGCUCAUUUGACCGCCAUUCAAAUUUUUCAAGUUCAUGAAGAGAUCGGCUACAAAGCUGCCAAAGUUGAACAUGUGUUGCAACAAUCUAAUGCAAUCUCGGGUCGUCAAGGCUGGGUUAUUGAACAUGUUAAGAAGAGGUUAGACCAUCAAUUUGUUGAGGAUCUACCAGCUAUGUCUAUCCCAACAAGAAGUAAUACCACCAACCGAGAAAAUGAUAAUUCGUCAAAAGAAAAAAUAAUUGACCUUCAAGUACUAGUGGCGAUGCUCAUAGCCACAGUUACCUUCGCAGCGACCUUUACGAUGCCCGGAGGUUAUAACAAUGAUGGACCCAACUCAGGAAUGCCUACUCUUGCUGGCAGGGCAGCUUUCAAAGCCUUUGUUAUAUCUAACACUACUGCAUUCAGUUUAUCCGUCCUGGCGAUAUUCUUACAAUUUGAUAUUUCUAUUUUGGGCGCUCGCCAACAGAUGAGGUAUGCUUACACCGCCAAAGGUUGCAUUGUUGUUGCGAUAAUCGCGAUGGGGCUAGCCUUUGCUUUGGGUACGUAUGUAGUCUUGACCAGAACUGUCAGGAUUGGAAUCGUUCCUUCUGUCAUGCUUGGAUGUCUCGUGAUUAUAUAUUUAAUUGGUGUUUACCUGGAACCCUCGGCCAGGCACUGGCAACCUUCCAGAAGAUACGUCCGAAGCUUAUUGUUUGAUUAUGGGAUCCUCUAGGAAAGCUGCUAAAUAAGUUGGGCCUGUGGGUUCUAUAGUCCCGUAACCUUGUGCACGUGAAAUUUUCUGUUUGCUUUGUCAGCUGUCGAGUUCGAGCACUUGUAUGUUGGCUGUCUAAUUCAAAACCUCUCACUGCCGGCCCGUUGGAUUGCGUGCCGGCAAAAUUGCCAUGCUCAAGAUGACUGGAGCGCUGCAAAGACCAACAUGUUUUACUUCUCGUGCGUGUGAAGGAUGUACAAGUCGAUUGAACGUCAAGUUGGAAAUGUUUGGUGAUAAUCGUUAGGUUGAAACGAAAGUGUUGGAGUUGGUGGUAUUUUAAUUUAAAAAUGGCUCUUCGUAGCGUUAUUGAGUUUUGUUU